UACACGGCGCGAAUAUCCGGACAGCGAAAAAAAACCAGUUCUUUCAAUAUAACAGUUUUCAUACGCUUUUGAUAAAGGGAAAAACAGAGUUGUUAAACAUCCACCUGUAACGCGAAUUAGUGAAUACCCUCGUCCUCGUGGAGCUCUGCAUGCCGUUGAGUGCGCGUGAGUGCCUCCGAUAUCCAGCGAUAACAACGACGACGACAACACGGCCGUCAACCUGGAACCCACGUGUCACAAACGGCGGAAAUGUGAGGCCGACGGGAAGGACGCGAAAGCAGAGCUGACGGCACAACGCAAUAUGUUCCCUAGCGCUCAAAUUAAAAUGAGUAUUUCCAUCAGAUUGAUGUCGCCAAGCAGUUCGCCGGCCACGUCACCCACGAUGUCGAACUCGUCGUCGCCAACACCGCCAACACCAGCCGCCAUUUCGGCUUACAGCCAAAAGAUGACGGGUAUCCCAUGCGUAGCAGCCGCGUCUCGUUACACUGCACCUGUGCACAUCGACGUCGGUGGAACUAUCUACACAUCUUCCCUCGAAACUCUCACCAAGUAUCCAGAUUCGAGGCUAGCAAAGUUAUUCAACGGCAGUAUUCCAAUAGUGUUGGACUCGCUAAAACAGCACUACUUCAUCGACAGGGACGGUGGAAUGUUCCGACACAUACUAAAUUUCAUGCGGAACUCGCGACUACUGAUACCUGACAAUUUCGCCGAUCUUGAUCUGUUACUGGAGGAAGCUCGAUACUUCGACAUUGCUCCGAUGAUCCGACAAUUAGAACAAAUGAAGAAAGAGCGCAUAAAGAACGGUGGCAGUCCAUUAUCGAGCACGCCAAGCCCACCACCAGAUCAGCAGACGUCACUGAAUCGACGCGACGCAACAGGAAGCAGCGCGAGUGGUAUAAGCAACAAUAUCGGUCGCUCGACGCCAACCAAUUCUCAACAGGACACCAAACUCCGAGCCGAGACUUACGAAUGCGUUGCGCUGCACGUGAGUCCGGAUCUCGGCGAACGCGUUAUGCUGUCGGGUGGUCGGACGCUCCUCGAUGAGGUUUUUCCGGAAACCACGCAGGCUGUGCUCGAAGCAAGAUCCGGCGUCGCUUGGCACCAACAAGAUGCACGCCAUGUCAUUAGAUUUCCAUUGAAUGGUUACUGUAAAUUGAAUAGUGUUCAGGCCAUCACGAGGUUACUAAAUGCUGGUUUCAGGGUUGUUGCGAGUAACGGCGGUGGUGUCGAGGGCCAACAAUUUUCCGAGUAUUUGUUUGUUAGGCAAUCUUCGGGCAACAAUACCUGACGGAGCGAGGUCUUUAAUCGGUAUUGCAAACAACGAAAAAUCGAUGAUGUGCUCAGGAUUAGACGAAACAAGGACGAGUGAAUAAAUUAUUUUCAUUUUGUGAUAGCUUUCUGAUUUUUUCUCUACACAGAGCUUGUUGCAGUAACUGAUUGUUUCAAAAGAAAAAUUGAACAGCAAGACGAAAAUAUAAGAAUUGAAUUUAGGAUGACAAUAUUAUACACAUCAAUUUCACGUGUAGAUUCGUCGUUCAUCAAAUGAAUAUAACGUCGUUUCAAACGAGGAGAACGAAAUUGUAAUAUAUUGAUUGACUUUCGAUUCGACUAAGUUUGAUUUGAUUGAAAGUCUGCGCUGGAAUUCUCGAGGGAAAAACGGAUAAUAUUAUAUAUAGUACAUUUCCAAACAUCGCUUCACCUUCAUACCCAGUGCGUAUUUACCACUAGAUAUUAUUUAUUUUAUUCUAUUCUAUUUUUUGCACUUUAUAUUAUAUUUUAUUAUAUGAAAGCUUCAAUAUCAUUCUUUCCUACGCCUUUCCUUCAUAGUUGACAAUGUUAAUUUGUGUUAAGUGUUUUCUUUCGAGUUGAUUUUGCGACUGUUUUACGUGAUACUCGUCAUUUUUACUUACUACAGACGUUAUCAUAUGUACAAUAUGUCAUGUAAAUGAGGAAUUAAAUUAGCUUAUAAAUAUAACACCAUUUUUGUAAUAUUUGCUAACUUGAUCUACAUAAAGUAUAUAUGUAAAUUUAGCUUCAUAGUUGUACGUGGUGCUCGGCGCAAAUUUUUGUUAAAACUAUCAAACAUACGUUGGAUGAAAAAUUUGAUUCGAACAAUACGGUCAAUAAUUAAUGAAGCUUGUGUAUGAAAUUACUGUAUUAUUAUCAAUGUAUGAAGUUACUCUUUGGAAGCGCACUAUAUACUUAUGUAAAUAUUCAAUAAUUAAGAGGUUUCUAAGUUUCGAUCAAAAGAAAAUUCAAAACAACGAAAUAAAUUAUUCAUUGUUAUCUCCAAAAUAUAAAAUAAUAAAAUCUUGAUCUCAUGCAGGCUUGCUCCGUAAAACAUUACAACAGAGCAUAGAUAUUAAAUAACUUUAUUGGUCUUUGUAUUGAAAAAAAUGCAUUUGUUUUAUACAUAUACUAUAAAAAGAGGAAAAAAUAUAGCUUUAAGCGUAAUUUUAAUGAUUAAGUGGAAAGGUAUAAAUAAGUAUAAUAUAAACGACAAAUCCUGAAAGAUAUACAUUGUAAUUAUGAUAAAGAUUUAUCGUAAUAAAAGGAAAUUUCGUUUAUAGCUGUACAUGUGCGAACGUCCUCUUUUUUUGUUUUUUGCCGUUUCUUCGCAAAUUGCAGAUGGAUUUGCGAUUUCUAAUAAAUAUAGAUAGAGUCAAAGAUGACGUUGAGAAAAAUAGUAUCAUAACGAAUAACCCGCCGAACUUCUAAGUAUUGGUCCAAAAGCUGUCCAUUGGCUGCAUUGCUAAAAACAAUUCAAAAUCCAUUGCAUCCACAAAACUCGAGAGAAAGCGAAAAGAAAAAGAAGAAAAGAGAAAGAAGAGAGAGACAGAGAGAAUCCAAGCAGCCCUGAGGCUAGAACAUUAGCACAAGCAGCGAGGGAAUAAAGCUCGCAGGCGUUGCAGGAACGUCGUAGCCUGAGGGCCGGCAAAUAGGUCGUCAUGGCAACGCGGCGUCGGCGCCGCCGCCGCCGCUGAACUCAAUAUCCGCGUGCGCGCUUUCGUUCUCUCACUAUGUGUGUGUAUACUGGAACCCCUCAAGCCUUUUUGUACCAUGCCCCAGGCUGUCAUCUCGGGUGAACGCUGCUGAUUAUAUUCCAUUUCUGGUUAUGAC